AUGGCGAUGGAGCUGCUGGAGUGGAGGCGAGCUGGCGGUGCGCUGGCGGAGCUACGGCGCUCAGCUGUUGAAAUUCAGGAAAAUUUAAAGUACAAAGAAAAACCUCAGGACAGGCCGGAUCUUUUAGCAAGAGUCUUUAGGGCAAAGUUUGAAAUUCUGAAAGCAGAGAUUGUUACAAAGAAAAUAUUUGGAGAUGUAGCAGCCUAUGUUUAUGUUAUUGAAUUCCAAAAAAGAGGCUUUCCUCAUGCUCACCUAUUGCUUAUAUUGAAACCACAGUUUAAGCCUCUUAAUCCAGAAGCCUAUGAUAAAAUUGUGUGUGCUGAACUCCCUGAUCGUAAAAAGCAUCCUCAUCUUUAUUCUCUUGUUGUAAAGCACAUGAUACAUGGCCCUUGUGGAAAAAUGAACAAAGAGAGUCCUUGCAUGAGAAACGGUGUCUACAGAAAUCAUUAUCCAAAAGGGUAUUCUGACCAUACGACUCAUGGUGAGGAUAGCUAUCCACAUUAUCGUAGGCGAGAUAAUGGCCAAAAAAUCAGAAUCAGGGGUUAUGAUUUGGAUAAUAGGUGGAUCAUCCCAUAUACUCCAUACUUGCUAGCUUUGAUUGACUGUCACAUCAAUGUCGAAAUCUGUUCGACUAUAAAGUUAGUUAAGUAUUUAUACAAGUAUAUAUUUAAAGGUCAUGAUCUUGUCAACUUCCACAUUAUAGCUGAUGAAACACCUCGAGAUGUUGAUGAGAUUAAGGAAUUUCAGCAAGGUCGAUGGGUUUCUGCUCCCGAAGCUUUGUGGCUGAUUUAUGCAUUUCGCUUGAAUGAAAUAACCCCUGCUAUUUACAGUCUUCAGGUGCAUCUUCCUGAUCACCAAUAUGUUUCUUUUGAUCAAAAUUCUGAUCUUUCACAGCUCUUAAAAAAUAUUGAUUUCUCCAAAACUAUGUUAACUGAGUUUUUUAGAAUGAACCGUGUCAACAAAAAAGCUCAAGAUCUCAAGUGUUUGUAUAGAGAAUUUGCUGAGCACUUUGUUUGGACACCUGGUAAAAGAAAAUGGACAAAAAGAAGUAAGCAAAAGGUUAUAGGCAGGUUAGUCACUGUUAAACCAAGUGAAGGUGAUAGGUAUUAUUUAAGACUUCUUCUCUCACAUGUUCGAGCUCCUACAUCUUUUGAUGACUUGUUGACAGUUAAUGGAUGUAGAAUGAAUUCAUUUAGAGAGACUGCCUUACACCCUGGCCUCUUAGAAUCUGAUUCUUAUAUUGAGGAGACACUUGAAGAAGCAGCUGGUUUUCAAAUGCCUUCUUCGCUUAGAUUUUUAUUUGUUACUUUACUUCUACAUUGUGCUCCAACAAAUCCAAGUCUUUUAUGGGAAAAAUUUGAAAUGGAACUUUCGAGAGACUUCGAACUAGCACAGGCUCAUCAUUCAACUGCUGAAAUAAGACGAAAAGUCUUGCUUGAUAUUAACAGAUCGCUCCAACAGAUGGGGAGGCAUAUCAGUGAGUACAAGUUAGUUGCGGAUGAUGUUAGUCUUAACUGUUAUGAAAGCAUGACAAAGGAAGUGGACUGUGAAAGGAGUAUUGCGGUGUCACCGGAAGAUUUAUUGAUAGCUUCAAAGUUAAAUGCAGAACAAAAAUGUGCUUAUGACUUGAUUUUGGAGACAGUUUUUUCUUCCAAAGGACAAAGCUUUUUCGUUGAUGGCCCGGGCGGGACGGGAAAACCAUUUUUAUAUCGUUCGCUUCUUGCAACACUUAGAUCACAGGGAUACAUUGCAAUAGCUGUAGCAACUUCGGGAGUUGCAGCAUCAAUUCUUCCUGGAGAAAGAACUGCUCACUCCAGAUUUAAAAUUCCAUUGGAUUUUUCUAGGAAUAAAACUUGCCAAUUGAGCAAACAAAGUAGCAUGGCACGAUUAAUCAUUCAAUGCAAGUUGUUCUUGUGGGAUGAAGCGUCAAUGGCAAAGAGAGAUGGUAUUGAAGCAUUUGAUGAAUUACUGAGAGACCUAAUGGAGACUGAUGCUCCUUUUGGGGGUAAGGUUGUGGUUUUUGGAGGUGAUUUUCGCCAAACUCUGCCUGUUAUUCAAGGAGCUACUAAGGACCAGUUAAUUCAGGCUAGCCUUCUAAAUUCUUCGUUAUGGUCUAGGAUGCACAAAAUAAAACUAACACAGAAUAUGAGGGCUGCCUUAGAUCCUGCCUUUUCACAGUUCUUGCUCAGAGUUGGGGAAGGUGCAGAACCUGUUGAUGCAGAUUACCAGAUAUGUUUACCAAGUCAUAUGGUUAUUCCAUUCCACAAUAUGAAAGAUUCUUUUAACAGCUUACUAACAGAAACUUUUUCACCCAUGUUGAUAGCUUGCACCUUUCCAGAUUUGAACCUUUAUUCAACUGAUCCUUAUGAAAUGAUCAAUAGAUGUAUUUUAACCCCAAAAAAUACCUCUGUUGAAGACAUUAAUGAAAUGAUGAUUCAGAGGUUUCCUGGACUGCUUUUUACUUAUACAAGUUCUGACCAAACUGUUGAUCAGAGAUUUCAGGCAGAUUAUGAGGAUUUUUUGAAUUCUCAAAAUCCAAAGGGUCUCCCUCCUCACAAACUCAUGCUAAAAGAAAACUGUCCCUUGAUCUUGCUCAGGAAUUUAAAUCCAGUUGAAGGAUUGUGCAAUGGCACAAGACUUAUUUGUCGACAGCUAAAACGGCACACUAUCUGUGCUGAGAUAGCUUUUGGUCAGCAUAAAGGGAAGAAGGUUUUCAUCCCAAGAAUUCCAUUGCAGACACCUGAUAAUGAAAAAAAUGGGAUUCCUUUCAUUAGAACACAAUUUCCAGUUCGCCUUUGUUUUGCAAUGACAAUUAACAAGGCUCAGGGUCAAACUCUUGACUAUGUUGGUGUAUAUCUAAAGGAACCAGUUUUUUCUCAUGGCCAAUUAUACGUUGCAUUCUCUAGAGCAAAAACUGCUGCUGCAGUUAAAGUUCUCAUACUUCCAGGAACUUUUGUUGAGAUUAAAACUGACUGCAGAACCAGAAAUAUUGUGUUUGAUGAAAUAUUGCAGUUGUCUAAUUGA